UGGAUUGGGUUGGGGCUGAAUUCACAACCUAAGCCCCGUAAAGAAAACACAACGGUCAAUUUAAUUUGUUGAGCUUAAAAUCGUCUGUCUAAACUACAUUUUCUUCAUUUCUACAAAACCCUAGAAAAAACCGAUCAAAACCAUGUCCUGCUCCAAUUUUUCAAUUUGGAUGUCGUUGAAAACUUCUAUUCUUGACACAUCUUCACUCUCUUUUCAAUAUCGGCUCCACCCAUUUUGCACAGUUCACUAUCCUCUCUUCGCAAAUGGUUCGUCUAGAUCUUCCACAGUUCCUUCAAUUCACUGUGGUCUUCGCGAACUACGACACCGUAUGGAGACAGUGAAAAACACCCAGAAAAUCACCGAAGCAAUGAAGCUCGUCGCGGCCGCGAAGGUUCGGCGAGCUCAAGAAGCAGUCAUCAAUGGCCGACCCUUUUCUGAAACCCUAGUUGAAGUCUUGUACCACAUCAAUGAACAGAUCCAAUUAGAAGACGUAGAUGCACCUCUGUUGAGCAUCAGGCCUGUUCAGAAAGUUGCCCUUGUUGUUAUCACCGGCGAACGAGGUCUCUGCGGCGGUUUCAACAAUUCAAUUCUCAAAAAGACCGAGACCCGGAUCGCGGAAUUGAGGAAUCUUGGCUUGGAUUACACUGUAAUCAGUGUUGGAAAAAAGGGUAAUUCGUAUUUUCGUAGAAGGCCUAAUGUUCAUGUUGAUAGAUUUGUGGAGGGAGAGAGCUUUCCCACAGCAAAAGAAGCUCAGACUAUAGCAGACAGUGUGUUUUCGUUGUAUGUGAGUGAAGAGGUUGAUAAGGUUGAGCUUUUGUACACUAAGUUUGUGUCAUUGGUCAAGUCCAAUCCGGUGAUUCAGACGUUGCUUCCCUUGUCAUCCAAGGGAGAGGUCUGUGAUGUGAAUGGGAAUUGUGUUGAUGCAAGUGAAGAUGAGUUCUUUAGGUUGACAACUAAGGAAGGGAAAUUGACUGUGGAAAGAGAUACUGUGAGGACGAAGACAGGGGAGUACUUGCCUAAUUUACAAUUUGAGCAAGACCCAAUUCAAAUUGUUGAUGCAUUGAUGCCCCUGUAUUUGAAUAGUCAGAUUUUGAGGGCAUUGCAGGAGUCGGUGGCAAGUGAGCUUGCAUCGAGGAUGGGAGCCAUGAGUAAUGCAACGGAUAAUGCAACGGAGUUGAAGAAGACCCUUUCAAUGGCUUACAAUCGUGAGCGACAGGCUAAAAUCACUGGUGAAAUAUUGGAGAUUGUUGCUGGAGCCGAAGCACUCACAUACAGCGAAACAUAAAGCACUCACAUGAGUUCUUUAAUUGGAUGUACAGAGAACUCAAAAUUGGUGUGAUCAUUUUUCAGUGCAGAAACUGGAGUAAAGGCUCUUUGAAGAUGACUUUCCUGUUUUCUCAACAAUUGUGUUCCUUUGGACUGUAAAGGCUCUUUGAAGAUGACUUUGUUGAAGGAAUUCCUUUGGGGAUGGUUUCCUGCUAUUAGUGAUGGAGAUUAGAAAGCAUGCCUUUGUGUUGGUAAGGGAAUGAUUUAAAGAUGGCGGGAAUAGUUAUUUUCUGUUUGUUCUAAAACUUGGAGAUGAAUAGUGGAGCUAGAUCAGUUUGAGUUGCAAUUUGUUUCGUUCUGCUACAAGAACUAGUUAAGAAGAGCUAGCAUAAUCCAUGGAUGUGGAACUGGAGCUUCUUGCUGAGUAGCGAAACCGGUUUUGUGUACUAUAAUUCCAACUGGUGUACUGAUAUUGGAUUAGGUUACCCCAGUAUUGGUCAAAUUUGAAAAUUGAUCGCAUUUUUAACUUCCUAUUGGCAACUGCUAGGGAUGAAGAAGUAUGUUAACUCAUUCUAUUUGCUUGGUAGAGAUCCAUCAUUUUAAACAUAGCAGCUUCUUAGUAGUGACCAUGACCCUUUUGAGUGUACCACAUUGAGGACUAGAAAAACUUUCAUUUAGAACACUUGAGCUUCUUAUUUAUAAUUAUGACUUGUGUUUACUGUGAGGACUUGCAUGUUGUAUUUAGAAGAAGAACAUACUGUACCUUGUUUGGGACAAAGGAUAUUGUACCUUGUUUGACAGCAAUGGAGAGUUCUUCUGUCCAAGUA